AUGGCACGUGGGAAGACGGUUUUUUGGCCAUGGGAAGCUGCAGCAGUGCUUCCCGACCAAGGAGCAAAGAUCUUUCGGAACCUAACGUGGGAUGAGGAAGUUUACGGUACGAUUGAUGACGAAAGAAAGAUGCCGCGGCGAUCGUUGAGGCAUUGCGACCUUCGCAUUGAAAAUGCCAACAAAUCGUCGAGCGAAGGGAUUCACUUUGCCGCGUUUUUCGUCAAAACCGGUCAUGCCCGGACUGCUAAAAUUCUCGUUUUUUUACGGAGUGGGCCUACUGGGGUGCCCAUUCGCCUUCUAUCGUUCUUCACGGAUGCCCAUACCCUUCGGAAAAGCCUUGUCGUCCUCUCCCCCACGUGGACCGAUGAAGAGCGUCCUUAA